UUAAGGCCAAUGGACAAUAAAUUCCGAAAAUUACUACAAUUUUAAAUAAUCUUGUGCCGAAUUUCGUAUCAUUCGUACAUUCCUUUUUGGAGGUUAUGUCGUUCAAAUUAAGGCCAAUGGACAAGAAAAUUCAUUAUGUUUGUCAAUUUAAGAUUCAUGAAUUGAUGACAGAAAAAGAAAUUUUCGAAAUAUUUGGCACCACACAUGAAAAUGUCCCGGAUUAUGAAGUGGUGACAAUAAACCAUUCAAUAAAUAAAAGAUCAUCGGAAAAAACAUUGAAAACAAGAUUUUUUGGUCAAUAUUUUAUUCUUGAUUUGACACCAGCAAAAAAUGAAAAUUUUAAAUACACAAAAGUUUGGAGAGGAAAUGCAAAUAAUUCAUUACCGACUGGAAUCAAAUUUACUUAUUUAUACGAUGCCUAUUCUGUUCAUAUAGAGAACAAAAUUCAUCGCGAUGUGAAGAGAUCGGCGUCUUUUGUCGUCAAUGAGGACAAAAAUGGUUAUCCACUUUUUGAUGGUACAAUCGGAGGGAAAAUUGCAAUUCGUUCAAUACCCGAACGUCUUCGAUCAAAUAAUAAUUUAACAGGAGAUUUUAAUUUCGUCGAGACAAAAGCAGAUAGUAAUUUAAAUACAACACACAGUCAUUUAAUGUAUCACAUAAAACAAACUGAAUUUGAAAAUCUAACAAUAAAUUCAACUCAACAAAAACCAAACAUUCAAAUGGAAACAUUGUAUCCAGAAAUAAUGGUGAUAAUGGACGAAAUACUAUUUAGACGAUUCGACAACGAUCCACUAAAAGCAGUUGAAUACAUUGUUCUCUUUUGGCACGGAAUUGACAUGAGAUUCACAAAUUUAAUAAAUCCAAAUUUUAAACUCAGCCUCGUUCAAAUUGUUCUCAUGGAGGAUACAUUGCCAUUUGUUAAAAAUUCGAGUGCUGAGGGAAAUAUAAUGAUUGCAAAUAAUACAAUCGAAGCAAUGAGAGAUUAUUUUUAUCAACUUGACGAGAAUGCUCAAUUUCGCAUUAACGACGAUUAUGACCUGGCUAUGCUUAUGACUGGUUACGAUAUGUCCUUUAAAUUAGCAAACGGUUGGGACAGAUUAGUACAUGGUGUCGCUCAUGUUGGUGGCGCUUGUCGAAAAGCGAAUAAAAUGAUAACGGCUACUGGAAUUUUUGAAGAUAACGGUGGUUUCAGGGGUAUUAUAACUGGAUAUCACGAAUUGGCACAUUUAUUAGGAGCAAAUCAUGACAGAACUGAUAAUGCAACGUCGAAAUUCUGUUUGGCUAAGGAGGGUUACGUAAUGGGUGGACAAUUUGGACAGCGAAUGUUUUUCUUCUCAAAAUGUAGUAUUGCCGAAAUGCAACAACAAAUUUUAUCGGGAAAAUCACCGUGUAUGAAAAAUGUUCCUCUGGUGAAAAAUUCUUUACCAAAUGACUUGACAAAUAAAUACAAAAUAAAUAUUCGAUUACCAGGACAAUUUUUAUCGUUGAGGGAACAAUGUAAUGGCAACACACCAUGUUACGAGGACGAAAGAGUUUGCCUGAAUCUUUGUUGUAAAAAUGAUGCGGAGCAACAAUUUUGGAAAAUUCCAUUAUACAAGAGAGCACCGGCUGCCGACGGUUCUCCAUGUGGAGAUGGAAAGAUUUGUUUCAGUGGAUUCUGUAUGGGCGUCACACCAAGCAUAAAAAAUUAAUUAUAACAAAG